AUGGACUAUCAUGGACUAUCAUGGGCUAUCAUGGACUAUCAAGGGCUAUCAUGGACUGUCAAGGGCUAUCGUGGACUAUCGUGGACUAUCAUGAACUAUCAUGAACUAUCAUGGGCUAUCAUGGACUAUCAUUGGCUAUCAUGGGCUAUCGUGGACUAUCAUGGACUAUCAAGGGCUAUCAUUGGCUAUCGUGGACUAUCAUGGGCUAUCAUGGACUGUUAUGGGCUAUCAUGGACUAUUGUGGGCUAUCGUGGACUAUCAUGGGCUAUCAUGGACUAUUAUGGGCUAUCGUGGACUAUUAUGGGCUAUCGUAGACUAGUAUGGGCUAUCGUGGACUAUUAUGGGCUAUCGUGGACUAUUAUGGGCUAUCGUGGACUAUCAUGGGCUAUCAUGGACUAUCAUGGGCUAUCAUGGACUAUCAUGAACUAUCAUGGGCUAUCAUGGGCUAUCAUGGACUAUCAUGAACUAUCAUGGGCUAUCAUGGACUAUCAUUGGCUAUCAUGGGCUAUCGUGGACUAUCAUGGGCUAUCAUGGACUAUCAUGGGCUAUCAUGGACUAUCGUUGACUAUCAAUUAUUAA